GCCACUCCUGUCAUUCAGAGCCAGAGUCUUGUAGGCUGAGGUGGGAGGCUGGACAGCAAAAGUGAGAGCACAGGUUGAAGAGGAAGAGGUGGAUCCUCCCCCUUUCACUCCGCUCAGCCAUAAAAGCCACCACCGUCCAUAGUCUGACACUCAGAGGGACUUGGCUCUCCUUUUGAAGCACUUCUUCAGUUCUCUGCACACUACAGCGUCUACCACUGCAACCAAAAUGAGGAGAGCAUAUUCAGUCCAAAACUCCGGUGCCAGCAUCAGGAAGUCCUAUGCAGGACCAGGAGCCAGCUACUCUGUGUCGAAAACCACAAGUUAUGGCCUUGGUUCCAGUGCUGGUGGUGGUGGUGGUGGUGCUGGUUUUGGGUUCGGUAUGUCUUCAAUGGGUGGUGGUUCUUAUGGCCAAGGAGGCAAUUUCUCUGCUAUGCCUAUCACAGCUGUAACAGUCAACCAGAGCCUGCUGGCCCCUCUCAACCUGGAGAUUGACCCCAGCAUCAAUGCCGUCCGUAACCAGGAGAAGGAACAGAUCAAGACCCUCAACAACCGCUUUGCCUCCUUCAUCGACAAGGUCCGUUUCCUGGAGCAGCAGAACAAGAUGCUCGAGACCAAAUGGAGUCUCCUGCAGGACCAGACCACCACCCGCUCCAACAUCGAUGGCAUGUUUGAGGCCUACAUCGCCAACCUGCGCAGACAGCUCGACGGGCUCGGCAAUGAGAAGCUCAAGCUGGAGGGAGAGCUGAGGAACAUGCAGGGCCUGGUUGAGGACUUCAAGCUGAAAUAUGAAGAUGAAAUCAACAAACGUGCAGCUGCAGAGAACGAGUUUGUGCUCCUGAAGAAGGAUGUUGAUGGCGCCUACAUGAACAAGGUGGAGCUGGAAGCCAAAGCUGAUGCCCUUCAGGAUGAGAUCAACUUCCUCAGAGCCGUCUAUGAGGCUGAGCUUCGUGAGCUGCAAGGCCAGAUCAAGGACACUUCUGUCGUUGUGGAGAUGGACAACAGCCGUAACUUGGACAUGGAUUCUAUUGUGGCUGAAGUGCGCGCUCAGUAUGAGGACAUCGCCAACAAGAGCAAGGCUGAGGCAGAGACCUGGUACAAACAGAAGUAUGAGGAGAUGCAGUCCUCUGCUGGUCAGUACGGUGAUGACCUGCGCACAACCAAGACUGAGAUUGCUGAGCUGAACCGCAUGAUCGCCCGCCUUCAGAAUGAGAUUGAUGCUGUCAAGGGACAGAGAGCCAACCUUGAGGCUCAGAUCGCAGAGGCUGAGGAGCGUGGUGAGCUGGCAGUGAAAGAUGCCAAGCUCCGCAUCAGAGACUUGGAGGAUGCUCUGCAGAGAGCCAAGCAAGACAUGGCCCGCCAGGUGCGUGAAUACCAGGAACUGAUGAACGUCAAGCUGGCCCUGGACAUUGAAAUCGCCACCUACAGGAAGCUGCUGGAAGGAGAGGAGAGCAGAUUGGCCAGUGGAGGAACCAAUGCCACCAUCCAUGUGCAGCAGAGCUCUGGAGGAUACGCAAACACCAGCUCCAGUGGUGGUGGAUAUGGCGGUGGAUAUGGUGGUGGAUACGGUGGAUCUGUUACCAAGUCCUCAUUCUCAACAACCAGCGCCAGGAGAGCCUAUUAAAAAAAGGAGAGCCGUCCCUCUUCCCCCCUCAGAAGCUUUUGAAUUUGGUCUAAAUCUGUACUCUUUCGUGGUGCUAUGCAGUGCUGUUAAGCAUCUUCCUCAUGAGGAAGUAUAUCCCAAAGAUUCCUUAAAAUCAUGUCAGAUUCAAGAGCUCCUGAUGGUUAUCAUGACCUCAAAGACCAGGUCAGUCAGCAGGGCUGAAGAAGUUCCCAUUCUUCACUGACUUCCAAGAAAUAUAUAAAGGGGAAAAAACGCCAGACGUUGAUGAAGCAUUAAAACUAAGUAAAGAGACCAAUUGAAAAUCAGCACUUGUACAUUUUUUUUGCACUGACUUAAACUGAGCUGAAGUAUGAUCCUUUAGAGGUAUUAGUAGGAUGAUGGUGCUUGUCAUCAUGCUAUCAGCUGAUGUCUUCAUCUUACAGUUGAGUGCUGAUGGAAGACAGGGGAACAAGCCACAACCCUGAAAUUAUAAUUUUGAGUGACUUUAACAUUAAGAGUUCAACUUUGAACUGAUUGGCUUCUGACUUGUUCCUUUUUAAAGAUCUUUCAAUGUUUUCUCUGCUCAGUUUUGCCUUCCAACGCCUCACAGAUAAAACCAUGCUGAAACCAGGUUUAUUAUGUAAAAUCACUCCCAGCAACAUCAUUGAUGAGUGUUGCAGCGAAAUGACAUCAAAUAAAUCUGAAUAAAAUCAAUCUGAGAACUGAAA